UGCCGGCAAAAGCAGCAAGUAAGGGUCUUCCAUCUCUAGCUACACAGCUGUUUGGCCAAUUUUGUUAUGAAAUUUGUUUGAGUUUCGCUUUGAAAAUGAUGCGUUUACUGACAAAAACAAGAGUUCUGCGGCAAGUUGUGGCAGCCACAGGAGCUAAUCCACCUGUAUCCCGCUUCUAUGCACAAAAUCAGGGAGCAGCAAAGAAAAAUCCUGAGGAGGACAUGAUUAGCAAUGAGCCAAUCAAGUUUUUUGGCAGCCAGGCGGCCACGUGGAGGGCAAAGGACACUCGCAGCGGAGGGAGCGAGGAGACUUUGUGGUAUCAGCCCUACGUGAUCUCCGCAAGCUUGGCCAUAUUCCUCCUCUACUUCUGCGCACUUCGCGAGGAAAGCGACAUCGAUCUGCGACUGGAAGGAAAUCUGUACGACCAUGUCAGCGGCCUAGAGGAAGUUCAACUGACGGUCAACUACAAGUACAACAAAGAGCACGGGUUGGACACCAAGGAGCAGGAAAAGCGGCUAAGGGAUCUGGGUGUCGAUUUAGGUCAGCUGGACGCAAAACUGGCAGCCCAGUAGUCAUAUAGUUGGUUAUUUGUACGUUUUUUGUUUCAAUAAUAGAGCAAGCUGGUCAAAUUUAAAA